GUUUCGUACCACCCGGAAAUUAUUCCUCACUACCCCGGAAACGACACUAACCUCCCGCCUCCUGAGACGUAAAGCGGAACGACUGAGGCCGAAAGCGAGAUGCCAGUAGCCGUGGGUCCCUACGGACAGUCCCAGCCCACCUGCUUCGACCGAGUGAAGAUGGGCUUCGUGAUGGGCUGCGCUGUGGGCAUGGCGGCCGGGGCGCUGUUCGGCACCUUCUCGUGCCUCAGGAUCGGGAUGCGGGGCCGGGAGCUGAUGGGCGGAAUUGGCAAAACCAUGAUGCAGAGUGGGGGUACCUUCGGAACGUUUAUGGCCAUCGGAAUGGGCAUUCGCUGCUGACCGCGGCGUCUCCAUCUCUCCCAACACCCCCGCACACCUCCUUGUGUAUUAUAAUAAAAGGCUUUGAGUA